CCGACAGACAAAUCUAAAGCUCCAGCUUCUUUCAAUGCAACAUUUCUGACAACCAAUAUCCAUCCUUCCAUCACCAUCAAAAACUGAAAAUGAGUGACCCUCCAGGUUAUGACCAAGAUCUACUGAAUCGACUUAAUGCUUUGAAGAAAACCAACAUUCAGCUCGAUGCAUCUACUACGUAAGCCGGCAAUCAAUAUAGCCUUGUUGUCACAUGCUGAGUCCUUAGUCGCACACCACUAAAUGUUCUUGCAAAGGAGCCAACACCUGAAACAGGCCUAUCCGAAAGACUUCGAAGUCUACGAAAUGGGACUCCAUCAAGAUCUUGUGCUUCUAAAGCUCCCGUGCCCGUCAGCACCCCAUCGCCUCCACGGCAAUCCAAAUUCUACAAUGAAACCGCCGCGCUGGAUGCCACUCACCUGUUUUCAAAUGAUGCCCACGAUGACAAAUCUUUAGACGAACUUCUAGCAGAAUUAGGCUCCGGAUCCGAGUGGCUUGACCCCGAUGAUCCAAAUGAUAUCCAAAAGCUCCUUGAUGAAGCCAAGAAAGCUUUACCCGGUGGCGAUGAUGUCGCUGCAGAAGAAACAACAUCAAAAGAGGCUUCGGAGGAGAAUACCCGGAAAGGUAAUAUCUUAACAACCAGUCUUGAUAUGUCUGUAUUUACCCUAGACGACCAGGAACAUGAAGAUCCUGGUAGUCAUCACAUCGAAGGUUUGGAGACCGAAUCACGUGAAGUGCAGGAUAUUGUUGCGAGGUUGUUGGAUGAGGUUAAUCUCGAGAGAGGGGAUGAGGACGAAGCUCAAGAAGAGCAGGAUCGGGGAGCGAGAGCUUGUGAUUUCGGUAAGGAUAAGGAUAAGGAUAGGUCAUUCUCGUCGUUUUUAAAAUACCAUCAAAAUGAUGAUGAAGAAAUGUCAGCCUUUACACUUCCUUUCGCACCAUCUACACUCCCGGAACCGAGUCGAAAAUCUAUUGAUUUCGAAGAGGAUAUUACGGCGAGAUUAGCUGCGCUUACGGGUCUUUCCAGCUCUACUAGUGAUCCCCUCGGUUUACCUUCAGCACCAACUACUAAACCCGUUGAGAAACUAGCGAAGCCCUCGAAAGGAGCACCGGAAUCGAAAGGCGGACUAAAAAAAUACACAGAUGAGGAAAUGGAUACGUGGUGUAUUAUCUGUCAGGAUGAUGCGACGGUGCAAUGUGUAGGUUGCGAGGGAGAUUUGUAUUGUGCGAGGUGUUGGAAGGAGGGGCAUAUGGGGGUUGAUGCGGGAUGGGAGUUUAAGAGACAUCAGUGGAGGAAAUGGGAGAGGUCUGGUUAGGUGGGAGGUUUGCGGGAGGGGUGGAAGGUGGUUGGUUGUGUUUUUGAGUGUGUUUUGUAUUCUUGGGAGGCCGGGGAUGGGUUGGGGAUUUUCUUGAGUGAUAGAUGGUUUAGAUGAUGGUAUGAUAGGUUAUUGUCGCUGAUUUUGGAUAUAUUACUGGUCAGUGCGACAUAAGUCUACCUAUUAAAACAUAUCAUACGAUAUACCAUCCCAUCCCAUCCCAUCCCAUCCAACAUUAGCUA